AAAGAGACCAUUUAUUAGUGAUCCGUGAACACCUUCAUAAUAUUCAUGAGUCAAUAGUCAGCAAUAAUAGUGUGAGAUUUCUAAAAUGAGGAGCUUUACUUUCUUUUGCCUAUCCAUGGUGAUGAUAGCGAAGAUUUUGCUCUCUGCUUCUUCGGUGACACACGGGACGAUGAUCGUUGAUAGGCAGUGGAACGGCACCGGAGAAAUGGAUGGUAUUAAUUGGCAGGUUAGUCUUGCAGGUGGUGGAAAUUACUUGUCUUUCAAAGUUAUUAACGAUAAGCCGCCGAUCUGCAACGAGAAAGUGUACGGGAAUUGCAUAGGGGACAAGAAGCCUGGGCAACGGCCAUGUACCUACUACAAUAACUGCAAGCGUUCUCCAGGUUAA